UUACACGAGCUACUGCACAAAGCGAGACAGUUUGAUUUGUCAAACAUGGCUGAACUUUUCAAUACUUUGUUGGUCAUUUUUGGCCUUUUUUGCCUUGCUUUACCAUCAAAUUCAACCAAACCUUCACUCUCAGACCCGUUGGACUUACAAAGAUUCGGCGGAAAGCAGCAAAUUCUUGCAGAUGACUACGUUAAAGGCUCAAUUUGGCCGAAACCACAAGGACAGACCCAAACUGGAGUGAAAUUCUCUCUUCUACCUAACUCUUUUAGUUUUUCUAUCAAGGGCAAGACCAGUGAUGUUUUGACUGCAGCGGUCAAGAGGUACAUGAAUCUGACAUUCCCGGACUUUGGAGUUACUAAAAAAGAUGACAAGCUCGCGCAAAUAACUGGUUUGGAGAUAAAUGUUGUGGACGACUAUAAACCUAUGAGUCUGGAGUCAGAUGAAUCUUAUACCUUGACAAUAAGCGCACCUCAAUCAACACUUUAUGCAUACGAAGUAUGGGGAGCGCUCAGAGGUCUAGAGACAUUUAGUCAGGUUGUUUAUCAAGACGAAAAUGAUCUGUACUAUGCUGAAGAAAAUAAGAUUGUCGACUAUCCUCGCUUCCAUCAUCGUGGGUUUAUGAUUGACACUUCUCGGCAUUAUCUCAAACCGUCCAUCAUCCUAAAAUUCCUGGAUGCUAUGUCAUAUGGCAAGUUUAAUGUCUUUCACUGGCAUGUCGUGGAUGACCAAUCCUUCCCUUUCGUCAGUAAAACUUUCCCUACACUAAGUGGACAGGGAUCAUACAACAACAAGACACAUAUCUACUCUGAGGAUGUUGUUAAAAAUGUGAUAGAGUACGCCAGGCUGAGAGGAAUUCGAGUCAUCCCUGAAUUCGAUACACCGGGGCAUACCUUUUCUUGGAGAAGCAUUGAAAACCUGCUUACUAAAUGCUGUGAUAAGCAAGGAAAGCCUAAUGGAGGUCUUGGUCCAAUCGACCCUACCAUCGACUCCAACUAUGACUUCCUCAAGCAAUUCUUUGGUGAGAUAGCUGCACGUUACCCAGAYACAUACUUGCACCUUGGUGGCGAUGAAGUAUCCUUUGACUGCUGGAAGAGUAACCCCAAUAUAACUAAAUGGAUGCAGGCACAYGGCAUGGGAUCAAACUACUCCCUUCUUGAACAGUACUAUGAACAAAAGUUAUUAAACAUUAUCGGAGGACUUAAGAAACAAUAUAUCAUCUGGCAAGAAGUGGUUGACAAUAAYGUCAAAGUACUGCCUGAUACCGUCGUGAAUGUCUGGAAGGGAGGCUGGCCGGACGAGCUGGCCAAGGUGACUGGACUUGGACUGAAGACGAUCCUCUCAUCUUGUUGGUACCUGAAUUACAUCAGCUACGGACUUGACUGGAACAAGUAUUAUCAAUGUGAGCCAACUAAUUUCUCAGGAAGUGAAGCACAAAAGGAGCUCAUGAGAGGGAUACCAGCYGAAAAUGCUGUCCAAUCCAAAUACUGCAGGCAUGAGUGGCCAGUGGAUGAAAAAUAAAUACGAUACCAUUGAAAACCAUCCUGAAGUAUAUUCAGUGUUGAUCAACCAAAAGUCCAGUCUCUAGAUAACAGGGUGUGAUAUUUUCCCAUUUCAGACCAUGUGUCAUUCCCUAUAGUAUCAUUUCUUUGUUUAACAGUCACAGGUAGGUAGGUAGGUAGGUAAAACUUUAUUUAAACACGCUUGCCCCGUCAACUAAAGCUGAUUUCCACAAGGGGCGUGUGGAUAAAUAUGUGAAGACAUGUGAAUAUGUGAAUACAAGUUUUAAACGAAGAAACUUAUUUUAAAGGGAAUGAGAUUGUUCUGAAAUGGAAGAAAAAUCACAAUCAAAUUAUUGUCAAUUUUUUUUCCCGCAAGUGCUGUUCAUAAAAUGGCUUCAAGUUAAUACCACACUUGAUGUUCUAACUCAUAGGUGUAUAAUUGUAUAUCGAGUCCAACCUCAACUUGGUAAAAAUGUUUUGUGAUCUAAUAUCACGAAAAGAUGGAAAGAYGGAUAAUAACUAUCAGUAACUAGUUGGGAGUGUGUGGAUGUAUUAAACACAACAGAUGAAUAAGAAAGAAAAUCAAACAGUGUAAAACGUAUACAAACGUUUUUCUUUGGUGUUUAAGUUUCUUUCUUAUACCCUUGAAGACGGAAAGGAUGAUCUUGACUUGUAAAAGUUAAGAUAAUAAAAUGCAAGCACUAUUGUAGGGUAGAAAAAGUGAUUUGCUUCCACACAUUAACCUUUACUGUAAAGAGACACUCAAAGUGUUAUCGAAUGAAUUAAUCUUUCUCAUUGAACUAAAAUGAAAAGAAAAAAUAUAAUGCCUUUAACUAUAUGUUGUAUCAUGUAUGUAUUUCUGUAUCUUUGUAAAGUGUACUUGUACUUGUAAAGUUUAGAAUAAAAAAAUAAAUCAAUAAAAAUCGAAGAGGUAAAUCUU